UGGGUUGGAGGUGUGACGGAAGUGGCUGGGGAGUGAGGAGAGCGGGAGGGGGCGGUUCCCAUUCUACAGCGGAGCCGGAUGUUUGCCGAGCUUUGACAGGCGUGGCAGAGGCUCGGAGCGGUGCCCGACCACGUUUCUUUUCAGGUUCUGUGGGGAACAGGCUUGGCCAUGGACCCGCUUUCAGAGCUGCAGGACGACCUGACCUUGGAUGACAGCAGCCAGGCUCUGAAUCAGCUGAAGCUAGCCUCCAUUGAUGAGAAGAACUGGCCCUCGGAUGAAAUGCCCGAAUUUCCCAAGUCAGAUGACUCCAAAAGCAGCUCCCCGGAACCUGUCACACACCUGAAGUGGGAUGACCCUUAUUACGACAUCGCCCGGCACCAGAUUGUGGAGGUGGCAGGAGAUGACAAGUACGGGAGGAAGAUCAUUCUCUUUAGCGCCUGCCGAAUGCCCCCGAGCCACCAGCUGGACCACAGCAAGCUCCUGGGGUACCUGAAGCACACGCUGGACCAGUAUGUGGAGAGCGACUACACGCUGCUCUACCUGCACCACGGCCUGACCAGCGACAACAAGCCGUCCCUCAGCUGGCUCCGGGACGCCUACCGGGAGUUUGACCGCAAGUACAAGAAGAACAUCAAGGCCCUGUACAUUGUGCACCCCACCAUGUUCAUCAAGACCCUGCUCAUCCUCUUUAAGCCCAUCAUUAGCUUCAAGUUUGGCCAGAAGAUCUUCUAUGUGAAUUACCUCAGCGAGCUGAGCGAGCACGUGAAGCUGGAGCAGCUGGGGAUCCCUCGCCAGGUGCUCAGGUAUGAUGACUUUCUAAAAUCCACACAGAAGAGCCCUGCAACAGCCCCCAAGCCCAUGCCACCGCGGCCCCCUCUGCCCAACCAGCAGUUUGGGGUCUCCCUGCAGCACCUGCAGGAGAAGAACCCAGAGCAGGAGCCCAUUCCACUGGUGCUCCGGGAGACCGUUGCCUACCUGCAGGCCCAAGCUCUCACCAUUGAGGGGCUUUUCCGGAGGUCGGCCAACACCCAAAUUGUACGGGAAGUGCAGCAGAAGUACAACAUGGGGCUACCUGUGGACUUCAGCCAGUACGACGUGCACCUGCCAGCUGUCAUCCUCAAGACCUUCCUCCGGGAGCUCCCCGAGCCCCUGCUCACCUUUGACCUCUACCCCCACGUGGUGGGCUUCCUCAACAUCGACGAGAGCCAGAGAGUGGAGGUGACGCUGCAGGCCCUCCGGACGAUGCCUGAGGAGAACUACCAGGUGCUUCGUUUCCUCACUGCCUUCCUAGUGCAGGUGUCUGCCCACUGUGACCAGAACAAGAUGACCAACACUAACCUGGCUGUCGUCUUCGGCCCUAACCUGCUCUGGGCCAAAGAUGCUGCCAUCACUCUCAAGGCCAUUAAUCCCAUCAACACCUUCACCAAGUUCCUCCUGGAUCAUCAAGGGGAGUUGUUCCCUGGCCCCAACUCCUAGGGGCUCUGAGCCCAGCCCCCGGCCCACCAGCCCCCUUCUCUGAUAGCCCCAGUUUGGACUCUUCCUCCUGGCAUCAGCCUUACAGGAGCCCCGGGCUCCUGCCGCGGAAGGGGUCGUGAGGCGCUGGCACACAGAAGCAGGAGCCAGCCAACGGGGCAGCUCCUCCUCCCCUUCCGUCAGCCCACCUCACCGGCUUGGAAGCCUCGCUGUCACCCUGAGACAUUGUUCUUCGCCUUAUACUUCUCACUGCCCCCUUGGAUCCCUGGUUCUGCGGGGCUGUGCAGAGCUGGCCUCGGCUCUUCCAGUGGGAGCACUGGUGCCAGCAAUCCCUUUCCUGCUUUCUCCUGCCUCUUUCCCUGGCAACUGCAGGUGCCAAAUCACUGCCGGAUGGGCUGGUAGCUGGGGCUGGUCUGCCCCCUCCUGGUUGCUGGGGAAUGAAAGGCUGAGCUGCCUUAGGCCUGCCCUGCUGAGGCUCCUCCCGUCUGGGUGCAGGCCUGGGUGCAGACGCCCUGCCCCUGCCCCUGCCCCUGCCCGCCCCUCCAUCGCCUCAGCUGUGGGUAAUUCCACACGUCCUGGUCAGCCUUUCCUCAGUGGUACUGCCCCAGGAUGUGCUAACCUGGUUCUUCCAGGACUGGCAGCUUGGAUGACGUGGUUGAGUCCCAGCAUCCAUUCGAAAUAAACACCCACUCCCACCCGAGAGGCCCCUAGCAUCUGGUCAGACCUGUGACGAGCAGUCAGCCUCCAUCCUAGGCCUAAGGUUCUUGUGGACAUGUCUGUGGAGUCACACUGGUCCUUGCUCUGGCCAGAGGUGACCCAGUGCCCCCGGAUCUGGUGGCUCCUUCCCCCGUCUGGGGACUCCUUUGCUGGUUAGAUUGGCUCCACCUUCGGGUUUCCAGCAACCUCCCCGAAGGCGCCCAAGGGACCCAGGGCCAUUGUCUUUCAGAAAACAGCCCCCAGUGAUGAUGGCUAGCCCUCAUUCCAGCAGUGUCUUUAGAAUUACACCCCUUCCUGGUGAACCCCGGGGACCCCACCUUCCUGCAGCCUUGUCCCCUGCAGUGGCUGUACCCCCACCGCUUUGGCCAGUGGCUGUACUGCGGGGUCCUCACUGAGCAACCCAGCUCCAUCUGGGAGCUGGGCCCUGACUGCCGGGCUCUCCCCCCAGGGCACUGGCAUAUUAGGACUCGGCCUGGUGUGGCUGCUGCUUCCGUCGGUCCGUCUGUAGCUUGGGCCCAGGCCUCUGCUUUCUGUCCUUUGUGUAUCAGGUGUUCACAGCCCCAUUUACUGGGGAGCCUGUGGAUCUAUUUGGUCUUUCUCCUGCCCCCUGCCUCUUGCCCCACUGGUCUGGGGAAGGGCUUGUGCUGUGAACCAAGGGUUCACAUUCACACCUAAUGACUUCCUUGGCACCAAUCAUGUAUUUCACCUUUGCACUUUUUAUAUUUCAAUAAAAAUGGAGAUGGAAACUGGC